UUGCGACAGUUGGUGGAAGCACAUUCAACGGCAGUGUCAUGGCGACGUACGGGGGCAGUUUUGAAAGUGUUAACAGCAUCGAAGACCGAAAAGAAUACAAACGUAAAGCCAGGGAGGAGGUUAUUCAGAAGGCGAAGCAGCAGUAUGAGAAGGAGGAGAAGAGGAAGGAGCUGAAGAGACAGAGAGGAGAGGACACCUGGAUGCUCCCUGAAGUUGACCUCCGACUGCAGCAGCUAGAACAGGAGGUUUCAGGCAAGAAGAAGAAAGAGAAAAAGGCCAAGAAGAGUAAGAAGACUGCAACUGUAGAUGAUGGAGGACUAGGUUGGCUCAGGAAGUCUUACCAGAGGAUGAGAGAGCAGGCGGAGCGAGAGCAACGCAGUCUGGAGGUCAUAGUGGCAGAGCGAUAUGGGUCCUUGGAGAAGUUUCAGAAGAGGAUGGAUGAGGCUGAGAUUGCUGUGUAUGGCUACAAGAGAGAAGAGGGAAAAGGAUGUGUCUUCAGGUCUGACAGCAGUAGUGACAGUUUGAGUGAGGAGGAGGAAGAGGUACCGAUCCUCACAGAUGAAGAGAUGAACAAACUGGGGGCCAGGCUGGUGAAGGCAGAGAUUAUGGGUAACACGGCUCUGAUGGAGAAACUGAAGAUCCAGCUGGAAUCAGCCCGUAAAGCCAAGGAGAAUCGUGCCGCACAGCAACCUGGGAAAUCAGACAGGGAAGUACUUCUCUUCAGAACAGACCAAUCGGGUCGCGCCUGGCCGGUUAAUGCCUCUUCGGAACCCCAGGAGCCCAGAGGAGGACGUAGGAAAAAGAAGGCGAUUGAGACCCACAGGGAUGGGGAGCGUAUGAGAUACUUCCAGGAUGAUGACAGUGUGGGUCUUCAUGAGAUGGUCCGCAGGGAGAAGAUGAGCUCUGCAGAGGACCAGAAUUCCCUCUACGCACGCAUGMCUGGCAAGAUGAUGGGGAAGACAGACGACGACAACUACACCCUGGAUGACAUGUUUGUUUCCAGCGUGGCUCAGAGAGAGGGCGAGGGGCGAGACGAGGAGAGGAUGAGGAGCAGAGCCAUAGCGGAGGCACGGCGACUGGCCGUUACCAUGGAGAAAUGCCGUCACUGCUUCAGCAGACUGAGCUCCAGAAACCUGCUAAUCGCAUACGGAACGCAGGUGUAUCUGAGCCUGCCUGGAGGUGUGUCUCUGACAGAGGGUCACUGUCUGAUCACUCCACUGCAACACCACUGCUCUGCCACUGGAUUGGACGAGGACGUGUGGACCGAGAUCCAGGUGUUCCGCAGGGCGCUGGUGCAGAUGUUUGAGUCUCAGGAUCAGGACUGUGUGUUUAUGGAGACCCACAUGAACCCAAAGAGACGCCAGCACAUGGUCCUGGAGUGUAUCCCUCUACCCAGAGAACUGGGAGACAUGGCUCCUAUCUACUUUAAGAAAGCCAUCAUGGAAUGUGAUGAGGAGUGGGCCAUGAAUAAGAAGGUUGUGGAUCUCUCCUCCAAAGACAUCCGCCACGCUGUGCCGCGGGGUCUGCCAUAUUUCUCAGUAGACUUUGGUCUUCAGGGGGGCUUUGCUCACGUCAUUGAAAACGAACUCAAGUUCCCCCACUACUUUGGCAAGGAGAUAGUUGGGGGGAUGUUGGACGUGGAGCCGAGGAUAUGGAGGAAGUCCAUCAGAGAGAACUUUGACGACCAGCGGAAGAAAGUCCUUGAGUUCUCCCAGUGGUGGAAACCCUUUGACUGCAACAAGACGGACAGCUGAACCAACCAWCCAACACAUCUCAAUAAUCCCCUAGCCCCUGCAAAUAUACAGUAGAUGUAACUGCAAGCCAUAUGGCGUUAGCCCCGCCUUGUCUUCUGAGAUGAAGAAUCUGUCUGCUUUAUAAUCCUCUGAUCCUGUCAACACAUUGUUUUACUCUGAGAUUAUUCUGAUUAAAUAUGGGCAGAAGGCCAUAAAAUAACUGUUUUAAAAGCUGAUGUACAAUUGUUGUGUAUGUUGGGAUARGUUGUUUUACCCUCUUAAAAAMAAAUGAUUAUGAUGC